UUAUCGUUUCUCCCUAUUCUAUGACGACCGACACCCCUGCUACUGCGAAAUCGGUAACUAAAGUGGUUGUGGUGAGCGGAGCGGUGUUGGCGACGUCAGCGUAUCUUUACUACUUGUGGUCGACUCGGCCGUUGCCGAAUGAAGGAGCUUCCUGUUGUGUUGAUGAGGAUGGUGAUGGUGAUGGCGAUGGAGAAUCUUGCGAGUGCGGUAGUGAAUCUUGUACUACUACUACGACUGGCAUGCCAGAGUUGGAAGACCUUGACUUGUCGGCUGAGGUGACACCAGCAGCAUCGACGACGAUGCGAUCGAGGAAGGCAGAGGUGAUGCGGAAGACGGUGGAGAGGGGCUCUGUGGUUGGUAGUGGAGAUGGAAAUCUUCCGGGUGCGGGUCAGAAGAUAUUCUUCAAGACGUUUGGGUGCAGCCAUAACACGAGCGACUCGGAGUACAUGAUGGGAUUAUUGUCGAGAUAUGGUUACGAUUUUGUGGGGAAGAUUGCUGAUGCUGAUGUCGUGGUGUUGAACUCGUGCACGGUGAAGAAUCCGAGCGAAGAUGCGCUGGCGACUUUGGUGAAGGCGGCAGAGGCGGAAGGGCUGCCGACAGUCGUGUGUGGGUGUGUGCCGCAAGCUGACAGGAAGAGUCGGGCAUUGAGGAAUGCCAGUUUGGUGGGGACUAGUCAAAUUGAUAGGAUAGUGGAAGUGGUAGAGGAAACAUUACGGGGGAAUCGAGUGUCGUUGCUGCAGAGUAAGAAGUUGCCAGAGCUCAGGGAGUUGCCGAAGAUAAGACGUAACCCAUUGGUCGAGAUUGUCGCGGUUAAUACGGGGUGCCUGGGGAAGUGCUCGUAUUGCAAGACUAAGUAUGCGAGAGGCUCUCUGGGGUCUUAUAGCAAGGAGGACAUCAUUGCACGCGUGCGCACGGCUCUGGCGGAAGGCGUACAGCAGAUUUGGCUGACCUCUGAGGACUUGGGGGCGUAUGGGUUGGAUAUUGGCACGAACGUGGCUGAGUUGCUCCGGGAGAUUGUUGGGGAGCUUGAGAAGUAUCCUGAUUCGAUGAUGAGAUUGGGAAUGACGAAUCCACCUUAUAUAUUGCAACAUGCAGAGGAGGUCGCCAAGAUACUCACGCACCCGCAAGUUUUCGAGUUCAUCCACAUUCCUAUUCAAUCGGGAAGCAACGAUGUAUUGAGGCACAUGAUUCGGGAGUAUACGGUAGAGGAUUUUGAUCGUUUAGUGGGUAUCUUGCGCGCACGCGUGCCCAACCUGACCGUAGCUACAGACGUUAUUUGCGGCUUUCCAACAGAGUCGGAGGAGAAUCACAGAGAGACUUUGGAGCUCAUAAAACGACAUAGAUUUCCUGUUAUUAAUAUAAGUCAGUUUUAUGCUAGACCGGGUACGGCUGCCGCUCGAAUACGGCCGAGGUUGCCAGGGAAGGUUAUCAAAGAACGCAGUACUGAGGUUACGAAUCUGUUUAUGUCGUAUUCGUUGACUGACUCGUUGUACGAUAUUGGAGAAGUGGUGGAAGUGUGGUAUGAUGAAGUUGAUGAGGGGAGAGGGCAGACUGUUGGCCACACUAAGCGCUAUACGAAAGCGGUUCUGUUGGGUAUUCACAAAGGAGUAUUGGGGAAAAAGAUGAGAGCUCGGGUAGAAGAUAACAGCUCCAAGUGGCACGUUGUUGUAUCUUUGGUAGAAUGA